CAGCAUUUGAAGAAAGUAAAAUUAAUUCGCUUUCGGAAGAAUUGACUUCUUUAAGGAAGACUGUCUUAGUCCUAAAAAACAUGGUUAAUCGCCAAAGUGACCUUAUUGGUGACCUCAAAGAACGAAAUACUCUUCAGGAAAGACGCAUAACAGAACUAGAAGCUGCCCAACAUAGACGAGACAAAGUCUGCGAAGAGAUUAAAAUUCGACUGGAGAAAACAGAAAAUAGAUUAAACAAACACUUUUCUCCUUCUUCGGACACCAAGAAUACCAAAGUUAAAUUAAUUGGAAAAGAUAACCAUAAAGGAAGAAUAGUGGGAUCAAGAAGUCUGCUGAUAAAUGCCAGGAACAGUGAAAUACCUCCGUAUGAAAAGGGUGUCAUUGCUUUUUAUGCCCAGAUGUCCUCAAUACGAGUUCGUCCUGGCGUUAGUCAUACUCUCAUCUUUGAUAAAGUACGUACUAAUGUUGGCAAUGGAUAUAAUGGCUUCACCGGGGUCUUUACGGCACCAAAAGAGGGAAUUUACGCAUUUAUCUGGGUUAUCAGACUGUAUCUAGCUGAACGCUCAACUGAAUUAAUGGUUAACAAUGAUAUUUUGGGUGCUACAUUUAUGCGCACCAAAAAUGGUGACGACGGAUCAGUGAGCGGUACUGCUAUUGCGCAUGUCGCGAAAGGAGAUGUUGUAUUCGUGCGCAUCCAUUCUACGUAUGCUGGGGAUGGCAACGUCCUUAGUAAUGUGUAUGGCAUGGCAACAUUUUCCGGGUGGUUACUGCACUAGAUUGUGGAUGUAAUUUAAUCACUAUACUUUGCUUGUUGUUACUAAACGUUUUAGUAAACGUUAUUAUUUUUUUUCAACUAUAUUUCAUUGUGUAUUUUUCGGAAAGGAUAAGGAAUUGGCAUUUAUGUCUUCUAUUGGAAGUUGAGACUGAGCAAUAUGUUUUACAUUUGUGUA